CCAGAAAAUCACUAAUUACUCUUCUUCUCUACUUCUUCUUCUUUCUCGCUCCUCCACUUUCUCUCUCUAACUCCCUCUCAUUCUUUCUUCCUCCAACCCUAACACCAAACCUUAUCGCCGGUAACUGUUUCCCGGCCCCACCGGGACCGGUUCUCGCCGGAGAAUCGCCCAACCCGAUCUAUUUCACAGCAUUCAUUUGUUUAUCUAGUACUCGAGCGAACUGAGAGAGAUCGGAAAAUGUACAAGAACCAGCUUCAAGAGCUGGCGCAGAGGAGCUGCUUCAAUCUUCCUUCAUACACUUGUAUCCGAGAAGGUCCCGAUCACGCGCCGAGGUUUAAAGCUACCGUUAACUUUAACGGCGAGAUCUUCGAGAGUCCUCAGUACUGUUCAACUUUACGUCAAGCUGAACAUUCCGCUGCCGAAGUAGCGCUCAAUUCGCUUUCCCACCGUGGUCCUUCUCACUCACUCGCCGCUAAGAUCCUCGAUGAGACUGGAGUUUACAAGAACCUCUUACAGGAAAUUGCACAGCGAGUAGGGGCUCCAUUGCCUCAGUACACAACAUUCAGAUCAGGCCUAGGACAUUUACCUGUUUUUACUGGGAUAGUAGAAUUAGCUGGAAUCACAUUUACUGGUGAACCUGCCAAGAAUAAGAAACAAGCCGAGAAAAAUGCAGCCAUGGCAGCUUGGUCAUCUUUAAAGCUAUUGGCAAAAGAGAGUGCUAGCUCUUCAACUGAACCUGAGAACAAUGACGAAUUAGAACAGAUCACGAUAGCUCGGGCUUUGCUGAACUACCGUCUGAAGGAAAAGAUGUCAAUGUCUAACCGAAAUGCUCCAAUUCCAUUUCAGAAGAAGUUUCAGAUUCAAAAUCUCAGGCCAACUAGUUCUCAACCUCCUGCUACCACAUCAAAGAUCCUUCCCCUAAUUUGCCCAAAGACAGGACCUCGAAACAAACCUUCAUCGGCAACAUCAAAUGAAAAUCCGCGAAGCAGGCAUCCGCCAACAACAGCAACCGGUGACAAGUCCAUUGUGCAGCCGCCACAAUCUUAUGCACUAGAAAACUGGAUGACCCGUCCUCCAAGGUUCCCUGCCGCAGGAGCAGCACCUUAUGUUCCCAUUCGACAAAUGAGAUCACCUUGCCAUGGGAUUGCACCUCCAGUGGCUAUGAGGACGGUAGUACCCGUGUUCUCUGCACCACCUCUUCCACCACCCGCCUCAGUUCAUCAGGUUAUACGGGCUCUGCCUGUACGAGUUGCUCCUCCGGUAAGUAUUCGACAAGCUAUUCCUGUAUUUGCUGCCCCGCCACCAAGAAAAGAUGAAUCUCCCCCCAGCCGAAGUGAUCUACCUGCCCGUCUUGAACAAGAUAAGCUUCCAGCUAAAAUUCUAGAGACGGACAAGACUGAGAACUGCCCACCACAACCAGAGACUUUGCAGAGUUUGGAGCAGCUGAAAAUUUGAAAUUGAUUUGAGCGGGUCUGAAUUCAUUGGAACACCAUAAUGUUUUUGUUGUGAUAGCUUGGUUUGCAUCCUAUAAUGAGUGAUGUCAAAUAUCUCUCCCUAUUUCCUUCCUUACCCCCAUUUUGUCCUGUUAAAUUCGAGGGUUGGCGCAGGUUAAUUAGCAUCCGUAGCUCAAUUUCUGUAAAAUUCAGAGUAGUUUGGCAUAAAAUUUACUAGUUUUUACUAUAUGCAAUGUAUGUAUGUCAUAUUUUAUCACGCCUUUUCAGCAAGUAUGCGAAUUUGAUUAA